UUCAAAUAUAGGGCUGCGAGCAAUCACCACAACUCUGUGCUUCUUUUAAUGUGGAUACGAUUAACUUAGGAUGGCAAAAAUUCGAUAUUACUUCAACUAUUCGAAACUGGUAUGCCAGAGUACCUAUGGAAAAAUUACGACUUCUGAUAGACUGUACUGGUUGUGGCAAAUAUGUUUUGCAUUUAUUUGACCUGCCGACAGAUAUUUCAAAACAAAAACAACCGUUUGAACACCAACACCAAAAGUAUCAUUCGAUGAAUCGAAAUGAUCUUGUUGCUCAAUGGACACGACAACGCAGCGGUUUGAACAACGCCAUUAAAAUAAGCAAAGAGAGUAAUGCAAUUCAAAGGGCUUUGCAAGAUCGUCCACUAACCGAACAUGCUUCAUUGGACUGUAACUCUAUUUUCGGUUGCAAUGUUCAACGUAACGCUACGGCCAUAAUCAACGGCUACAAAGUAAAGAAGAUUCAAACACAAUUUUUGCAACAAUAUCCUUUGGAGGGAAACAGGCAACAUCGAGCGAAUCGAAUUCAGCGACAACAGAAAAACACAAAAAACCGCAGGCAAAAUCGUUUGAAACAUCAAGAUGCUCAACAUUUACAACGACAAACAGAUAUGGAAUUACAGAUGCCAAAAUCACAGGAGCCAAAUCCGAAUCGGCCAUUUUUAGUACUACGCACGGAAACAAAGCGAUAUAGACGAGUACGACGACGUGCAAUUGAUUGUGUUGGCGCUAUUCAUGGUCAAUGUUGCAAGGAAUCCUUCUAUGUAUCAUUUAAAGCACUAGGCUGGGACGACUGGAUCAUUGCUCCGCGCGGCUAUUUCGCCAAUUACUGUCGUGGAGAUUGUACAGGUCCGUUUCGCACACCGGAUACAUUUCAAACCUUUCAUGCCCACUUCAUAGAAGAGUACAGGAAAAUUGGACUUUUAAAUGGUAUGCAACCCUGCUGUGCCCCAGUAAAGUUCUCAAGCAUGUCUCUAAUAUAUUACGGUGACGAUGGAAUCAUUAAAAGGGAUCUUCCAAAGAUGGUAGUAGAUGAAUGUGGGUGUCCAUGAAGAUGUGCCAUGUAUGUACGUAUGUACAUUUCAAAAUACUACUUAUCAAUAAGUUAGCACAGUGUGGUCUAUCUACAAUAAGUCAACAUACAUACAUAUUUACAAACACACAUGCAGAAUUUAGGUUUAAACAGCUCAUAUCCAUACAAACAUAAUAUCCCAACACAACCAGGCUGACUAAAACUACAACAAUCGGGGAAAAAAAUGUAUUCUUUACUAACACAUUCUCACAAGUUUCUGUCAAAUCAUGAGAGUGAGAGGUCCUAAUAAAAAUGAUUACAUCGU